AUGGAAUUUUUUAUUAUUAUUCAUAUCUUCCCGAAAUCCAUUCAGCAAAAGUACAAGAGAAUCUAUUCUAUUAUUUUCUGCUUUUUCUCUCUGUUUAUAUUUCUUAAUUUUGUUCACAUUCACAUCUACAUUGUCUGUCUUCACAUCUACGUCUAUACUCUCUCAUUCUACGUUCCAUAUCUUUACGUCCAUAUUCUCUCUUUCUAUACUCCUUUUUUCUUUUCAUACUCCUUUUUUCUUUUCUCCGUUUUUUUUCAUUCCCCCCCCUCCGUCCAUACUCUCCUUUUCAUUCUACCCCCCUCCGUCCAUACUCUCCUUUUCAUUUCCCCCCCUCCGUCCAUACUCUCCUUUUCAUUCUCCCCCCUCCGUCCAUACUCUCCUUUUCAUUCUUCCCCCCCUCCGUCCAUACUCUCCUUUUUCAUUCUCCCCCCCCUCCGUCCAUACUCUCCUUUUUCAUUCUCCCCCCUCCGUCCAUACUCUCCUUUUCAUUCUCCCCCUCCGUCCAUACUCUCCUUUUCAUUUUUCCCCCCUCCGUCCAUACUCUCCUUUUUCUUUUCAAAUACCCCCCCCUCCGUCCAUAUUUCUCCUUUUUCAUUUCUCCCUUUUCUCUUCCAUUUCUCUAUUUUUUCAUUCUCCCCCUCCGUCCAUUCUCUCCCUUUUUCAUUCUCCCCCCCUCCAUCCAUCGAUCUAUUUUUUCAUUUUCCUUGGGUGUCCAUACUCUCCUUUUCUUCCCAUGGGAUACACUCCUUUUCUUUUUCAUUUCAUCUAUAUUUUUGUUGUCUCUCCCUGUCGCCCUCUUUCUGUCCAGUUUGUUGUCUCUCCCUGUCGCUCUCUUUCUGUCCAGUUUGUUGUCGCUCUCUUUCUGUCCAGUUUGUUGUCUCUCCAUCGCUCUCUUUCUGUCCAGUUUGUUGUCCAUCGCCCUCUUUCUGUCCAGUUGGUUGUUGUCGCUCUCUCUCUGUCCAGUUUGUUUGUUGUCUCCCUGUCGCUCUCUCUGUCCCGUUUGUUGUCGCUCUCUUUCUGUCCAGUUUGUUGUCGCUCUCUUUCUGUCCAGUUUGUUGUCGCUCUCUCUCUGUCCCGUUUGUUGUCGCUCUCUCUCUGUCCCGUUUGUUGUCGCUCUCUCUCUGUCCCGUUUGUUGUCGCUCUCUUUCUGUCCCGUUUGUUGCUCUCUCUCUCUGUCCCGUUUGUUGUCGCUCUCUCUCUCUGUCCCGUUUGUUGUCGCUCUCUCUCUCUGUCCCGUUUGUUGUCUCUCUCUCUCUCUGUCCUGUUUUGUUCUCUCUCUCUCUCUGUCCCGUUUGUUGUCUCUCUCUCUCUGUCCCGUUUGUUCUCUCUCUCUCUGUCCCGUUUGUUCUCUCUCUCUCUGUCCCGUUUGUUGUCGCUCUCUCUCUGUCCUGUUUGUUGUCUCGCUCUCUCUCUGUCCCGUUUGUUGUCGCUCUCUCUCUGUCCCGUUUGUUGUCGCUCUCUCUCUGUCCCGUUUGUUGUCGCUCGCUCUGUCCCGUUUGUUCUCGCUCUCUCUCUGUCCCGUUUGUUCUCGCUCUCUGUCCAUUUUCUUGUCGCUCUCUGUCACGUUUGUUCUCUCUCUCUGUCCAUUUUCUUGUCGCUCUCUGUCACGUUUGUUCUCUCUCUCUGUCCAUUUUCUUGUCGCGCGCUCUCUCUCUUUCUGUCCAUUUCCUUGUCUUUAUCCCUCCCGAUUCCUCGCAUCUCUCUCCUUUUGCCCGAUUCCUCGCAUCUCUCUCUCUCCCUCCCCCUCUCCCCUAUAGCCUGAUUCUUUCUCUGUUUACACAAAAUAACCUUAAACAUUCAUUCCUUUCCAUUCCCGCUCUCCUCUUUUCUUUUUUCCUCUUCGUUCUUGCUCUCCUCUUUUCCUCCUUCCUCUCCUCUUUUCCUCCUUCCUCUCCUCUUUUCCUUCUUCCUCUCCUCUUUUCCUCCUUCCUCUCCUCUUUUCCUUCUUCCUCUCCUCCUUCCUCUCCUCCUUUCCUUUUUCCUCUACGUUCUUCCUCUAUGUCAUUUUUCAUAUAA